AUGGGCUGUGGAGGAUCAAAGAAACCGAAAGAGGAAACCAAAAAAGUUGAGGAAAAACAUGAAGAAAAUAAGCACGACAUUACAAAUGGAGGUGAAGGAGAAAAGCCUACUAAUCAGCCAGAAACUAAAACAACUGAAGAAGGCCAAGCAGGUGGCCAUGCAGGGACCCUCAUCUUUGAAGGCAACCGACUUCUUAAAAAAGCCAAAAAAGGCGAAAUCGAUUUCUUUCAAUAUCUCUAUAGCCCAGACCAAACAGACCAAGAUAUAUUUUUUUUUAAAUUAAAUAUUAACUUUUUAUUUUCCUCCAUAUAUUUACCCAAAUUCAUAUCAAAAAAGAAUAAUUGAGCUCAGAAAAUUCGCCCCAAGUUUCUACGGAAUUGAAGAGCGAAAUAACGAGCGCUACAUUUCAAUGGAAAAUUUGCUUACAGGAUAUGAUUAUCCAAAUAUCAUGGACUGCAAGCUUGGAAGGAUUACAUGGACACCUCACCAUACUGAAGAAACCAAAGCCCAUCAAGAAGCCAAAAAUAAAACCACCACAACUGGCUCUUUAGGCUUCAGAAUUUCAGGAAUCGUUACCAAAGAUUCCCAUGGCAAAAAACUCGAAGCUUGGGCCAAAAAAGAAGGCUUUUUUGGCAUUAAUGAAGGAAAUAUACAUGAGCAGUUCGCAAAAAUCGUGACCCAUGACGGAAAAAUCAAUUAUGAAGCUAUCGAUAUUUUUAUUAGAGGGACAAUAGAAAUAUUAUACUGGUUUAAAAGGCAAAAAACAAAGCAUUUUGUAGCAAGCUCAGUAUUUUAUGUCAGUGGGAAAAAUAAUAAACAUCAGGUGAGGUAUAUUGAUUUUGCACAUGCAAUUGAGGCGAAUGGAGAAAUUGAUAAUAAUGUUAUUGAAGGGCUGGAAAAUUGUGUGAAAAUUUGGGAAAAACUAAAAAAUCCAAUGCCACAGCCUGUAGCUUCAGGUGAUCAAGCAGGCGGGCAUGAAGGCAGCUUGAUUUUUAGAGGAAAUAAGCUGCUUAAAAAAGCCCAUCCUGCUGAAAUUGGGUUUUAUAGCGCGCUGUUUGACCCACAGCUAGAAAAUACUGAAUUAAUCGAAUUCCGUAAAUUUGUGCCAUAUUAUUAUGGAGUGGAAAUAAUAAAUAACAAAAAUUAUAUUGUCCUUGAAAAUGUGCUAUUUGGGUAUGAGCACCCUAAUGUAUUAGACUGCAAAAUAGGAAAAGUCACCUGGACUAAAGACCAUAAUGAAGUAAAAACUAGAAAACAGCAAGAAAAAGCAAGGACUACCACAACUGGAUCUCUAGGCUUCAGGAUUUCUGGCUUGAUAACCAAAGAUGAAUAUGGGAAUAAAAUAGAAUCCUGGAGCAAAGAUGGUGGAUAUUUCAAUAUAACCCCAGAAAAUAUUUUUUAUUUUUCUUUUUAUUGAAUAUUUUGAUUUUUUUUUAAUUAAAAAUACAUUUUUUAGAAACCUUUUUUUUGCAAAUUCAAAUAAAUUUAGCAUACUUCUAAAAUUUUUUUAUUUUUUUUUUUUAAAAAUAAUUUUUUUAUAUUUAAUUUUUACCGAAAAUAUUCAUGAGCAGCUGGCAAAAAUUGUUCACAGAGGAGAAACUUUUCAGCUUGACAGAGUAGAGCUCCUAAUAAAGCAAACCCAAGAAAUAUUAAACUGGUUUACAAGGCAGCGGUCUAAGCUAUUUUUCACUGCUUCUGUUUUAUAUGUAAACGGCACUGACAAAGCCCAAGCUCGAUUUAUUGAUUUCGCUCACGUUUUUGAUGCAGAAGGGCAUGAAGAUAUAAGUAAUUUCUAAAUAGACACAAGAGAAGGACUAGAAAACCUUAUAAAAUGCUGGCAAGAAGUCAUAAGGAAAUACUGCGCUCCCCAAGAGAGAGUAAAACCCCAAAAAUUCCCUUAUGAAGUUACUUUGGAAGAAGGAAAAACCUACCAUUACUGUGACUGUGGAAGGUCAAAAACGCAGCCAUUUUGUGAUGGUUCUCAUAUUGAUACCUCUUUUGCCCCAAUUGAAGUAGUGGUUAAUGAGACUAAGCUUUAUCAUCUCUGCGGCUGCAAAUCUACCAAAAACAAGCCUUAUUGCGAUGGCUCUCAUACUAAAUUAGACUGGUAG